GCUGGCAGACGCUGGCCUCAUCCAUUCUGACUAGGCUGGCAGACGGAGUGGAUCUCCAACAUCUCGUCUCUGUUUCGGAGUUCAUGAGGCAAAUGGAGUUCAUGACACAAAUGGCGCCUACAGGACAGCGCAUCUGCCUCGUGGUCAUCUUCCUCAGUCUGACGCUCACAACAGAGACUACAACAAUUCAAGCGACCCCUUCAAGUCAAAAUCUCCGAACUCAAUCACCUACUUCAGAUGGAACAACCACGGUUGACACCACAAUAGUUUCAAGUUCUAGUACCCAACCUGAAUCGACAACCACGGUUGACACCACAACGGUUUCAAGUUCUAGUACCCAACCUGAAUCGACAACCACAGAUGACACCACAAUAGUUUCAAGUUCUAGUACCCAACCUGAAUCGACAACCACGGUUGACACCACAACGGUUUCAAGUUCUAGUACCCAACCUGAAUCGACAACCACAGAUGACACCACAACGGUUUCAAGUUCUAGUACCCAACCUGAAUCGACAACCACAGAUGACACCACAACGGUUUCAAGUUCUAGUGCUCAACCUGAGUUGACAACAAGUUCAGAAGGAACAACCAUAAUUGACACCACAACGGUUUCAAGUUCUAGUACCCAACCUGAAUUGACAACAAGUUCAGAAGGAACAACCAUAAUUGACACCACAACGGUUUCAAGUUCUAGUACCCAACCUGAAUCGACAACCACAGAUGACACCACAACGGUUUCAAGUUCUAGUGCCCAACCUGAAUCGACAACCACGGUUGACACCACAACGGUUUCAAGUUCUAGUGCCCAACCUGAAUCGACAGUAAGUUCAGAAGGAACAACCAUAGUUGACACCACAACGGUUUCAAGUUCUAGUGCCCAACCUGAAUCGACAACCAUGGUUGACACCACAACGGUUUCAAGUUCUAGUGCUCAACCUGAGUUGACAACAAGUUCAGAAGGAACAACCAUAAUUGACACCACAACGGUUUCAAGUUCUAGUACCCAACCUGAAUUGACAACAAGUUCAGAAGGAACAACCAUAAUUGACACCACAACGGUUUCAAGUUCUAGUACCCAACCUGAAUCGACAACCACAGAUGACACCACAACGGUUUCAAGUUCUAGUACCCAACCUGAAUCGACAACAACAGAUGACACCACAACGGUUUCAAGUUCUAGUGCUCAACCUGAGUUGACAACAAGUUCAGAAGGAACAACCAUAAUUGACACCACAACGGUUUCAAGUUCUAGUACCCAACCUGAAUUGACAACAAGUUCAGAAGGAACAACCAUAAUUGACACCACAACGGUUUCAAGUUCUAGUACCCAACCUGAAUCGACAACCACAGAUGACACCACAACGGUUUCAAGUUCUAGUGCCCAACCUGAAUCAACAACCACGGUUGACACCACAACGGUUUCAAGUUCUAGUGCCCAACCUGAAUCGACAGUAAGUUCAGAAGGAACAACCAUAGUUGACACCACAACGGUUUCAAGUUCUAGUGCCCAACCUGAAUCGACAACCAUGGUUGACACCACAACGGUUUCAAGUUCUAGUGCUCAACCUGAAUCGACAACCACGGUUGACACCACAACGGUUUCAAGUUCUAGUACCCAACCUGAAUCGACAACAAGUUCAGAAGGAACAACCAUAAUUGACACCACAACGGUUUCAAGUUCUAGUACCCAACCUGAAUCGACAACCACAGAUGACACCACAACGGUUUCAAGUUCUAGUACCCAACCUGAAUCGACAACAAGUUCAGAAGGAACAACCAUAAUUGACACCACAACGGUUUCAAGUUCUAGUACCCAACCUGAAUCGACAACCACAGAUGACACCACAACGGUUUUCAAGUUCUAG